GAGGGCCGCGAGCUUCGAAAGGGCGGGAAGGGCGGUUGACGAGAGAAGACUCAGCGGUUACUCACUCCAUGGCUGUGGGUUGGAGAGGAGGCGGCGGCGGCCUCGGCUGAAGAAAGAAGAGAGCGGAGAGUGCAGGCGCGGUCGCAGACGCCGAGGAUCUGCGUUGAGAGCCUGAGUAGCUGCCACCACCAGAUUCCGGAGCCAUGAGCGGGUUUACCUUUGGAGGCACGGGGGCCCCUACAGGCGGGUUCACAUUUGGCACCGCAAAGACAGCAACUACCACACCAGCCUCAGGGUUUUCUUUCUCUACAUCUAGCACUGGUGGGUUUAAUUUUGGGGCUCCCUCCCAGCCAGCUACAAGUACCCCUUCUACCAGCCUGUUCUCAGUCACUACACAAGCUCCAGCGACACAGACCACUGGCUUCAGCUUUGGAACCACAACUCCUGCUGCAGGAGGAACUGGGUUUUCCUUGGGGAUCAGUACACCAAAGCUGAGCUUGGGCAGUACAGCUGCCAUCCCAGCCUCAGCACCAACUGGCAACUUCGGGCUGGGCAGCAGCAGCCUUAGCAAUGCCAUCUCCAGCACUGCCGCUUCCACACAGGCCUCGGCACCCACUGGCUUUGUGUUUGGCUCCUCCACCACCUCUUCAGCCCCCUCCACCACCCCCGGAGGGUUCUCAUUCACAGGUGGAAGCACCUCCCAGACCGGGACCUCUGGUUUCAACAUCGGUUCUGUUGGGGGUGCAGCCCAGCCCACAGCUCUUACUGGGUUGACCUUCGCUUCAGCCGCACCGGCAGCCACCGGGGCCGGGGCCACACAACCCGCUGCUCCCACCCCGGCCACCACCAGUGCUGGGUCCUCACUCUUUGUCUCCAUAGCAACCGCACCCACCACUUCCACCACCACUGGGCUGUCCCUGGGUACCCCAGCAACCACAGCUGCGGCUCCCGGGGCUGGAAUGCUGGGCUUCAGCUUAAAGCCCCCCGGAGCAGCCUCAGCCACCUCUGCGGCAACAGCUGCCGCUGCCACCACCACCACCUCCACUUCCACCACCGGCUUUGCCCUAAAUCUGAAGCCACUGGCGCCGGCUGGGAUCUCCAGUAACACAUCGACUGCUGUGGCCGUGACCUCAGGCCCCAGUGCAGCCUCUGGGGUGUCAGCUAGUCCUGCGAUGACCUAUGCCCAGUUGGAGAGCCUGAUCAACAAGUGGAGCUUGGAGCUGGAGGACCAGGAACGGCACUUCCUACAGCAGGCCACACAGGUCAAUGCAUGGGACCGCACGCUGAUCGAGAAUGGGGAGAAAAUCACCACCCUCCACCGUGAGGUGGAGAAGGUGAAGCUGGACCAGAAACGGCUGGACCAAGAGCUCGACUUCAUCCUGUCACAGCAGAAGGAGCUGGAGGACCUGCUGAGCCCGCUGGAGGAAUCUGUCAAGGAGCAGAGUGGCACAGUGUACCUGCAGCACGCUGACGAGGAGCGUGAGAAGACCUACAAGCUGGCUGAGAACAUCGACGCACAGCUGAAGCGCAUGGCCCAGGACCUCAAGGAUAUCAUCGAGCACCUGAACACAUCCGGGGGCCCUGCCGACACCAGCGACCCGCUGCAGCAGAUCUGCAAGAUCCUCAACGCGCACAUGGACUCCCUGCAGUGGAUCGACCAGAACUCGGCCCUCCUGCAGAGGAAGGUGGAGGAGGUGACCAAAGUGUGUGAGGGGCGCCGCAAGGAGCAGGAGCGCAGCUUCCGGAUCACCUUCGACUGAGCCUGUAGGGGGUGGGGGUGGGGAGGGACCUAGGGGGUACCAUUACUGUUUAAUUUGGGGUUGCAGUGAAAUACUAGUGCAUUCAAGUGACUGUUCUCCAGUUUAACUUUAUUCAAUUCAUGUUAGCAGGUAGAAAACAGAAGCGCUUUGUUUCAGGCAGCAGUCUUGUUAAAUGUGGUUUCUUAUCCACCUGCUUCAGCUUCCACCCCAACUCGGGUGCACUGGGCAGCCUCCGUUAAACACAGUCUUAGGUGCAGUGAAGAAAAAUAUAACUAAAAAAGGUUAGAACGCUUUCCUUCCAGGGUGGCAGCAGCAAGUACAUCGUGUGGUGUUGAAUCCACCUCGGGUACAAAAAGGACUGACUAGAAGACACAGUGGGGUGUGAAUUUCAGAAAGAGCUGACAGGGGACUCGAACAAGGUGUUGAGAAAAGGCUCAGACCAGAACUGGCAGCCUUCACUUUAUCCCACUGCUACUUCCUCCUCACCUCAUGCUUUACCUCCUCCAGGAAGCCUUUGAAGGUCAGAUGGCUGUCCUGUGGGUCACUGUGCCACGCUGUUGUGCCGACUGUUGACUUCCCUGUCGACGUCAAAGCGUGAGCCGUUGUAGGCAGGAACUGUUGUUUCCAUCCAAUGACAGUGGAGUUGAAACCCCACAUAAAACAUUAACCUACAAAAUGCCUGCUGACAGGCGAGGCUACAGAUUUGUUCUGGACUGGCCUGUCUAGGCCACAUGAGACCUCCGUGUGGGGGCAGGAGCCAGUCAGCCGUGUGUACCCCCCACGUCUUACGUAUUUAUACUUGGCUGCAUUCUCUGAAAAUAUCUGUAACUGUACGUGGUUUUCGUAAAAUAAAACGUGUUAUGGAACAAAAA